UUAAAGAUCCUUAAAAUGUGCUCUUUGUCUUGCAUUAGAUACCAAGUUUUCAUGCUUCAUUCAAAUAUGCAGACUUUGGAUCAGAAGAAGGUGCUUAAAAGUCCACCUUCUGGCGUCCGCAAAAUAAUUCUUUCUACUAAUAUUGCAGAAACCAGCAUAACAGUCAAUGAUGUUGUAUUUGUUAUUGACUCAGGCAAGAUGAAAGAGACACUGGCCUCUCAAAAGCGUGCAGCCAUGCUGUGUAGAAAACGCUUUACUGCAGGAACAUUUAGUGACCAUAUGGUGCUUCUCAGGGCUUUCCAGGCAUGGCAGAAGGCACGCAGUGAUGGCUGGGAGAGAGCGUUCUGUGAAAAGAACUUCCUGUCUCAAGCAAGGAUGGAAAUCAUUAUAGGAAUGAGAACCCAGUUGCUUGGCCAGCUUAGGGCCUCAGGCUUUGUUAGAAGCAGAGGAGGAGUCGAUAUUAGAGAUGUUAAUACUAAUUCUGAAAAUUGGGCUGUAGUUAAAGCUGCCUUAGUGGCUGGGAUGUAUCCCAAUCUAGUGCAUGUAGACAGAGAAAGCCUGGUUUUGACUGGACCAAAGGAGAAGAAAGUGCGAUUUCAUCCUACCUCUAUUCCCCCAGCAAAUGGGCAAGCUGCAGCCAUUCAGGCACUCCCUACAGACUGGCUUAUAUAUGAUGAAAUGACGAGAGCUCACAGGAUAGCAAAUAUCAGAUGCUGUUCUGUUGUAACACCUGUCACUGUGUCACUCUUCUGUGGACCAGCUAGAUUACCAAGUAAUGCUUUGCAGGAACCUUCAUCCUUUCGAGGGGAUGGGGUAUCUAAUGAUAACAGUGAUAGCGAGAUGGAGGACAAAACAACUGCUAAUUUGGCACUACUGAAGUUAGAUGAAUGGCUCCAUCUCAAACUGGACCCUGAAGCUGCUGGUUUGUUGUUGCAACUCAGACAGAAGUGGCAUAGCUUAUUUCUGCGUCGUAUGCGAGCUCCUUCUAAACCGUGGUCUCAAGUUGAUGAAAUAACUGUAAGAGCAAUUGUAACUGUUUUAAGUACUGAAGAACAGUCUGCAGGUUUGCAGCAGCCUUCAGGAAUUGGUCAGAGACCAAGACCUAUGACUUGUGGAGAACUUCCUUUAGCAUCUACGUGGAAGUCAACCAACAGUAGAAAAAGCUCAGCAGAAACUGAAUUCUCUGAUGACUCCUCUAAUGCUGAAAAAGUUCUAAUGAAAUCUACACCUCCCACACUUAACCAGCCAAAGAAGUACAAAGAAAAGAACAUUGUGCACUCCAAACGAACUUCGGACGACAGGUCAGAUCAAUCAUCAGUGAAGUCUACAGACAGCAGUAGCUAUCCUAGCCCCUGUGCUAGUCCUUCUCCAAUAUCUGGAAAGGGUUCCAAAUCUCCUUCACCAAGACCAAAUAUGCCAUUUCGGUACUUUAUAAUGAAAAGUAGCAAUGUGCAAAACAUUGAUAUUUCUCAGCAGAAGGGUAUAUGGUCUACUACACCAAGUAAUGAACGAAAACUAAAUAGAGCCUUUUGUGAGAGCAGCACGGUUUACUUAAUAUUUUCUGUUCAAGGGUCUGGACACUUUCAGGGUUUUGCUAGAAUGGCUUCAGAGAUAGGGUGUGAGAAAAGUCAAGACUGGGGAUCUUCUGGCUUCGGAGGUGUAUUUAAGGUGGAGUGGAUCCAAAAAGAAAGCAUUCCUUUUCAUUUUGCACACCAUUUGCUCAACCCUUGGAAUGACAAUAAGAAAGUACAAAUAAGCAGAGAUGGCCAGGAGCUGGAACCACAAGUUGGAGAGCAGUUGCUACAGCUUUGGGACCGUAUUCCUUUGGCAGCAAAAAACUCAACUGAUUGAGUGUGUCAAGUAAUGCGAUAGAGCUGUGGUUGUGGAAACAUCAGCUGUAACCACUAGAACCAGCAGCGUGCCUACAAUAUAAAGAUGGGGAAGAAGGUGGUGCAACAAGCUUCUGAAGUUGUUAGUCAUGCUGUGCAGCUAGCAGUGGAAAAAUAAGAAGGAAUUAUGUUGGUUUCAGUAUUUCCUUGUUUUAACAAAUGUCAUAACGUUAUUCACCAGCCUGGUUCUGACUGAAUUAUUUUUUUACAGUAGUGUGCAGUUGAUACUUAAAAACAUGGUUAAGUUCAAAACUAAGUUUGAAGCAAUGGACCUCAUAUAAGUUUUGUGGGUUUAAAAUAGCACAGCAGACAGUUUAAAUAUACAGUUUACAUUUAAAGCUUUCUCAACACAGUAAAAUGUAUGAGUGAAACCAGUGUAAUGUUAAUUAAUCAAUCUUGCAGUUUGUGUAAAAGAAAUAAAUUGAGAAUAGAUGUCUCCAAAUAUAUUGGAAGAUUCCAUAAGUAUUUGUUGAACUUCUAUAUGCACAGUGUGAGAGGACAGGAUAUAUUCAUACAAACAACUGGGUAGCUGGAGAAUGUAAAAUUCUAAUUUAAAUACAUAAGUGAAAGGAACAUGAGACUUUUGAGAGUGGAUUGGUCCAGCAGUGUUUCCAGUUUCAGUUAUUUUUCACCUUUAAAAGGUACUCAUGCUUUGGCAAGGUGAAGCAGUCUUUCAGAGGCCUGCUUCCAAAUGGUACUCUAAUAGUUCACUGACUUGAGCAUUAUUACAAGAUUUUUAUUUCUUUAAAAAAAAAAAAGUACAACUUUCUUCAUGUUUCAAUGUGUUCUUCAUGCUUUCUUCCUAUACCUCUUGUUUCAAUUUCUUUCUUCUUCUAUACUUUUGUUUUGUUUUAUUGGGCUUCUCCUUAGUAGUUAACGUACUGUGCAGCUAGUAUAAAUGCAGUCUGCUCACUGUCAGCACUGUUUGUGGUCAUUCUUAGAUUACACCAAGCUUUUUCUGCUUUGUAGCCUGUAAUUUUUCAUGUCUGCUAAGAAUAUUUGCACAGUUCAGAGUACCCUGUGUAUUCAUUCUCGCAUUCUAUGUAGUGACUUCUGUACAUUAACAGUUGGUUAUGCCUUUCUAAAACUAACUGAGUCCUUGUAAGGCUAGUGUUGCCUGAUACAGUAUUUCUGGAGAUGGUGCAUACAGCAGAGCUGUGAAGCUUGUAUUGCCUUACACAAUACUUCCAGGCCCCUGCCCGCAAAGAAAUGUGGGGUGGUAUGGGUACAGGAUUCCCAGGCCCCAUGUGCACCAAGAACAGAGCUGAAACAGAGGGGGAGCAGAAGUGGGGUGUAAUGUUUGGUUAACAAGCCAAAUAGUGCUUCUGUGGCUCGAUAAUAAAAAGGACAGUCCAGCCAAGGAAUUUGCAUUCCCCAAGGUCCUUGGUUGUUCUGGGUCACUUGCCUGCCUGAGAGCCAUGGUCAUAUAAGUCUUUGCCCGGCUGUUAGGUCUAGCCCAGUCUUGGUGAAUUAUUUAACUUGCUGUUGUUAUGACCCAGAUAAUUGUACUACUGAUCUGUAUUUUUUCCUGUGCUGUUAUUUAGAGAGAAACUAUCCCUGAAGCUGUUGGUCUGGUGUCUGUUACCAUAUCCUGAACCUGUAACUUGACAGGGCUGCCAUAAGCCUUUACACUCUGGUGUUGGAAGUGAGAUAUGGUAUGCUGCAUCAUGAUCAGCCCUGACCCUGUAGUGAGUGCCUUAGUUGAUUAUUCUGGUACAUUGCCCUGCCCAUGGAUGUCAGAUUCUACUUUGGUUAGAGAAAGUCAGAAAGACAGAAACAGAAAGGGAGAGUUACCCUGCUUAUAUCUCUUAGCUCAUUGCCUUAGAGAUACUUAGCAGUGUUUGAAAGCAGCCCAAGCCCAAGUUGGCUACCUAUGAAAAGAACUGGCCCACACCCAGUAGGACACUGGGGCUGCAAUAGAGGAGAAGGCUCUAGUCCCUGCCUGUGUUAAAAGCUGUAGGGCUAAUGUAGAGAAACUAGAGCAACAUAUAGUUCCCCAUGUAGCAGUAUCUGUCUGGGAGAAAAUUGACCAUCGUCUGGAAGCUGCAGAAAAGGGAAUUUCUUUAUGUAGAGACCCAGAAGACAGGGAUGAUACUUGAUCUGAUUCAGAUUCAGACCAUGCUGUGUCAAAUUCCUGAAAAUUUUCUAAUCCCACCAGUCAUUAAAAUGCAGUAUGAUACUACUAGAGGUAUGAUAGGUGCCUCUACAUGCUCUUCCAUGCGCACAGACCUAGUCAAACUAAGCAAGUGCUAUCACAAAUCUGUUACUGUGGAUUAUUUAACCUGGCUUGCAAAUAUGUUACAUGAUGAGGGGGCACACCAUCCGAGUUUCAAACUGGAAAGCCUGGGGACUCACUUUGGGGUCUGGGAUGCAACUAUAGCUUCCAGCAGGAAGUAUAGAGCUGUCUUCAGGGCAGCACUAGCCUGUAUGAGAUGACUGAGGACCCCUGGCUGUUCCCUGGGUCAGACCCACAGAUUUGAAAUUGAGGAUUGCUAGGCUGGUUAUCAGUCACUCUUCAGGAGUAGCCCCUGUGGCAGAGGAAGACCUAUGUGGACAUUGUCCCAUGUGGCCCACUAGUGCCCACUAAUCAGAAAGGGUCCUGGUCCACUCGGAGCCCAUUUAAAGUCAAUAAGCACUGGCCUUACAGGCACAGCACCAAGGCCCAUGUGGGCCCAGUUCUUACAAAAGGUAGUUUCUGCUGUGCCCAUUCAUACCUCGUGUCCAGGUAGUUAAAAAUGUCCCUAAGCUUGUGUGAAGAAGCACAGGAGCUGAUAAUGUAUUGAGAUGCUUUUAAGUACCCUUGAAACUACUUUCUUCUUCUUCCAUGAUUUGUCAAUGUUUUCAUGGCAAUCAGACUUCAUACAGUUAGUUUCAUUUUAGCAGAUAUUUUAGCAAGUUUUUUAAAACAAGGUUCAAGUGAUUUUGCUUGUUUCACAUGUCUCUGCUUUAAUGAUUUAAAUGCUGACAAAACUAGCACAAAUCCAUGUUGACAGCGUGGACAGUUACUCAGUGUGAUCUUUUUGGUUCUAAUAAGCUGAGAAUUUACUGUUCUCUUAUACUCUGUUUUCCUUUCCUCUUUGUAUUUUCUGCUUUCUCUCCUUUUCUCAUGAAGUUGUAUGUAACUUCAUGGAUGUGCAUUCAGGAUUGCUGUUAGCAUCUGAACUCAGGAAAGACCUUAUCAGGGAUGAGUAGUGGCUAGAGAACAGAUCUAGGGGACUUUUCUGGAAGCCCCUGAAACAUCAAAAGUUCAUCUGUAAGGAGAUAAUUAUGCUGGUUUUUAAAUUAUGAUUUUAAAAAAAACCCCAAACAGCUUACCUCUGAUCUCUCUAAUUGUGUGAUCAGUGGCCGCAGUGUAUCAGCACUUUCUAGUGAUUUCUGAGACCACCUUUACAAGACAGUCAACCAGUAGUUGCUGCUGCUCAUCCUUUGGACUUCUGUCAUUCAGCAACAAUAACAGAUGUUCUGUAAAACUGAAGUAAAUGCUUUUUCCGUAAACAGCAAUACUGCAACUUGUCUAUGCCACAGUCUGCAAGGAGCUUCACAUAAUAUAUUUUAUAUCUAUAGUAGAUUUAAAUGUUUUAAUAAUUGAAUUACUAAAGAGGUUAUUUUGAGUGAAGGAACACAGAACAAUGUGAUGCACAUUAAUCUUGUUCAGCUGUGUAAAGUCGUUUGCAGAAAUACUUUAUUUCUAAA